AUGUGGCAGCUGAACACUUUAUGUUGAUCCACAAAUGGAGAAGAGAAAAAAAGGAUCGUCUUUGGAGCUGAGGCUGAUGGUGGUUGGCAGCAGUGGACCAUCUCAGUUCCAGCUCACCAAUGCCAUCCUGGGAAGGGAGGAGUUUUCCAAGGAUAUCUCCAGUAUUUCCGGCAGCAGGAAGAUUUUUGGUGAGCUGGCCGGAAGACGAGUGGCCGUGAUCAACGCCCCCAACAUCUACGACAAAGACAUAUCUCGAGCCAAGAGGAAGAUGGAGGUGAGGAGGUCCAAGUGUUUGUCCGUGCCUGGCCCGCAUGCCUUCCUGGUGGCCUUUGACUUGGGCAAAAUCUCCCCUAACGACAUCAGGACCCCUCAGCUGAUGAUGAGGCGUUUCGGAAGACGCUGUUUGAGACACUGCAUCGUGCUGUUGGCCUACGAUGGGAACCCGGAGGGAGCUUCCUUGGAGGGCUUGGUGCAGAACACUGACUGGCCCUUGAGGCAUUUGAUCGAGGACUUUGGCGGCCGCUUUUACAUUUUCAACAAGAACUGGAGGGAGCGCAACCACGAGCGAGAGAUGCUGCAGAAGAUAGAAUAUUUGGUGGCCUCCUUAGGCGGGGCCUGCUUCUCGAGUAGGACGUUCCAGAAGGCAGAGCGCAGCGUGAAGAAGGAGGAAAAGAAGCUCAUGAAGAAGAUGACGGCGGAUAACGAGAAGGUGUGGAGCGAGCUGGAGAAGAAGUACUUGUCAGAUGAGCUGUACCGCCAAAAAGACGCCCACACGGCCAGCGUCAGCGCCGAGAUUAGGGCCAAGGCGGAAAUAGACAACUGCUGGCUGAGAACAUCCCUGGCCAGGGGGGUGGGGACGGGCGUCAUGGUGGGUGCUGUCAUGGGGGCGCUGGUUGGCUCCAUAGAGGGGCCGGGAGGGAUGGUUCUUUACGGCGUCAUUGGGGGCGCGGUUGGUGGGUCGGCAGGGGGUGCAGCUCAGGUGGCCAUUAAGCACAUGGAGGACAGAGUGGCCCCUCCCGCCAGACUCAACUUCAAUUCCAUCUUCAUUAAUCGUUUCUUUGCAACGACUCGUGUUUUGCAGCCUGGUGGAGUUUCGACAGAGAGUGCCAUUGUUAUUAGACUGCACACCUUGCCUCAGUGGAAGCAUGAGCCAUUAUUAGUAUUUCCCUGUUUGCUUGUGGAGAGAAGACAACAGACGUACCAGAGAAGCAACUGGACAGGACAGCCAGCCACAAUGGCCUCGACCAUCAGCCUCCUCCCUGAGAAGUCCUUGCUGUGCUCUCUGUGUAAGGACAUCUUCAGCAAUCCAGUCACCACACCGUGUGGACACAGCUUCUGUCUGUCCUGUCUCUCCGACUUCUGGACGCGACACCAGUCCAGAUACUGUCCACGUUGCCGGAGGCUCUUUGCUGACAGGCCCGACCUCAGCGUCAACCACAUCCUGUCCGACAUCUCAGAUAACUAUAAGAAGACGAAGGCACAGAAACCUCCUGAGGAAGAGACGGUUAUGGAUGUUGAGCAAAUGAUUCAGGAGAGGCUGCAGAAGAUAGAGAGGUUAAAAAGUUCUCUUGAGCUCCAAAAGAACUCUUACCUGAGAGAGGUGCGAGAGAGCCAGAAGGUCUUCUCGGCACUGGUGAGCGCCAUGGAGAAGAGCCACAAAGCGCUGGUGUUGGCCAUUGAAGAUCGUCAACGGGAGGAGCAGAAGAAAGUGGAUACUCUGGUGAAAGAGCUGGAACAGGAGAUUUGGGAACUGAGGAAGGAGACCGCUGACCCGACCCCUGACCCUCCAAGUCCUGAUAAAGCUUCCAAUCAGCAGGAGGAAUCAAAGGAGGAUAUCACUAAUGUUACUCCCACUGGACGUCCAGUCCAGAUGAAGGAUUGGUCCAUGGUUACCAUAGAAACAGACCCAUGUGUUGGGGUCACCAGGAGAGCGUUGUCCGAAAUGAUGGCGAAGAUAAAAGUGGAAGUCAACAGGCUCUCCAAAUCAGAACUUAGGAGAAUAGAGAGAUACAUAGUGGAUGUCAAUCUAAGCGCCAAGACCGCCCACCCGUCCCUUUCCGUCUCCGAUGACAGGAAGCAGGUGAGGCAGACAGACAAGCGACACGAGGUACCCGAUCACCCCAAACGCUUCGACCGUGUGGCCAACGUCCUGGGCAAGGACAGCAUCAGCGGCGGGAGGUGCUACUGGGAGGUGGGGGUCGGGGAGAAGAUGGAGUGGAACCUGGGAGUCGUCCGACAGUCAAUCAACAGGAAGGGCAGGUUCACCGUGUGUCCCGCUAACGGUUUCUGGACGUUGAGCUUGAAAGCGGGAGGGCAAUAUGUCGCCAACACUGCUCCGGUGACCAUGGUGGCGCUGGAGCAGAAGCCCAGGAAAGUGGGCGUCUUCGUGGACUACCCCGAAGGCCGCGUGUCCUUCUACUGCGCAGAGACGGGAUUUCACAUCCACACGUUCACGGACACAUUUACGGACAGCCUGUAUCCUUUUUUCAGUCCUGGGAGACUGCAUGGGGGAAAGAAUUCUGACCCUUUAAUCAUAAGCUCUAGUUUUUGCAGCAUCUAG